UAGCAAACGCUUUCAGUGCCCUUUAAUGUAAUGACAGAACCGGGGCCAUGGCGGGACAUCUGAAGAAGCAGUUAAAAGACGCAGUGAAGGUCAUCAGCUCAGGUAGCCUUCUGUUUGCUUCUUACCUCACUGUGAUUGGAGAUGAGCGUUUCUAUGCCAACCAACUCAUGCCCCUGCUGCAGAAGAUUGUGGGGGCAGAAACAGCGCAUGUGUUGGCUGUGAAGAUGAUAGGACUGGGUUUGGUUCCUAUGAACCGUUACCAGGACCCUGCGUCAUUGGAAGUGAAAGCUUUGGGGUUAAAGUUCAAAAACCCCAUUGGGAUUGCUGCAGGCUUUGAUAAGCAUGGAGAGGCUGUAGACGGCUUGUACAAAGUGGGUUUUGGCUUUGUUGAAGUUGGGACGAUCACCCCCAAACCACAGGAGGGGAAUCCCAAACCACGCGUGUUUCGACUCACUGCAGAUCAUGCAGUUAUUAACAGAUAUGGAUUCAACAGCUGUGGUCUGGUAGAAGCACAGCAGAGGCUGAAGGCCAGAGAAGCAGCGCAGCAAGAGCACAGUAAAGCUGGCCUUCCCCUGGGCAUCAACCUGGGGAAGAACAAGCUGUCCCAGGACGCAGGGGCAGAUUACUUGGAGGGGGUGAAAGCCCUGGGCCCGCUGGCUGACUACUUGGUGGUCAACGUCAGCAGUCCUAAUACACCAGGUCUGCGGGAUCUACAGGGGAAAGCUGAGCUCCGCCAGCUCCUGCUUACGGUGCUGAAGGAGCGUGAUGCCCUGCAGGGAGAACACAAACCUCCCGUCUUGGUGAAGAUUGCCCCUGACCUCACAGCACAGGACAAACAAGACAUUGCUGAUGUUGUCACCGAGCUUGGAGUAGAUGGUUUGAUGGUGACAAACACCACUGUGUCCAGGCCAGAGACGCUACAAGAUCCUGAAAAGUCUGAGGUUGGUGGGCUAAGUGGGCAGCCUCUCAAAGACCUCUCCACCAGAACCGUAAGAGAGAUGUACAACCUCACCCAAGGUAAAGUAACGAUUGUUGGAGUUGGUGGUGUGGCCAGUGGACAAGAUGCUAUGGAUAAAAUCCGUGCUGGUGCAUCAUUGGUUCAGCUUUACACAGCUUUGACCUACCAGGGUCCACCUGUUGUAACAAAGAUCAAGCGGGAGCUGGAACAACUUCUAAAAGAGCAAGGUUUCAAGAGUGUAUCUGAGGCAGUUGGAGCAGAUCACAGGGGAGCAGAUGGGUUGACUCAAAAGCACAGCCUCCUGAAAGAGAUGGUAAACACAGACUUUCCGGGCUUAGCAUCACCUGUAGCUGCCAUCUCCUCCAACUAGACAACAUGAUCGUCAGCACUCCACAACUAUGAUAAAUGCUAUGUGUACGUGAAAUUCCGUCCGUCCCUGAUGAGACGAGGUCUGAACUGAUAUUUAUCGAAACCAUAUUUUUGAUAUCAGUGUUGAGGAGCGUAGAUGUUGAUAAAAUGGGGUGGUGACUGGGAAGCUGGAAGCACCACAUCUCCGCUACCUUUACUUGAUAACGAUGGGGAUUUACACAAUAAUCAGUCUUAGAUUCAUGUUGUGUUGCAUCGGUUUGAAAGCUGAGAGUCUGUUUGUAACUUUAUUUCAGAAGUGCAUCAUUUGUUACAGUGUAACAGCAGUUAGUGUUUGUCAAAUGCAUCCUGACACCAAAGUGCUUAAAGUCUUCAGACACUAACCUCACAAACUAGUUUUUACAAAUAUACAGUACCAGUCAAAAGUUUGGACACACUUUCUCAUUCGAAUGUGUCCAAACUGUUGAUUGGUGCUGUAUUCAGACUAUUUUGUAUAUAUAGAAAAUAAUAUACUGUACUGUAUGGUGUUGUACUGACAAAGCAGCAACAUUAUUGUUUUAGGAACUGUAUAAUACAGAAGUUGAAACAUAGAUUCAAGCGUUAAAGUGUUUCAUUGUCUGCCCAUCUGAAGAUGUCAUAACCCAACAAUCAUGCUGCAUCAUUGUAAGUCACUCAAGGGAUCAGUGUAUGUAUUUUGCUGUAAGCGCAUGGCCUGUAGUUCUGUAAGGCACUCUUGUUAAAUGCACCAGUAGGAUUGUAAUGUAAAAAUACGGAGUUAUCAGCCUAAAUUAUAAUGCACACACCUUCCCUCUAACUGAGAUGUUUUUCUUUCUUUCCCAAAUAAUAUUCUGGCCUUUGUUUUAUUCUCUUUUCUGCUCCAAGAAUGCUAUUAUUUCAAAAUAAAAACGACCUCCUAAACAGUAUUUAUGGAGCUCUUUGCUCAGAAAACGGGUCUGAAAAAUAUUAAGCUGCUUGGUAUCUUUGCUCUAAAGCGACUGCAGAGUGUUGAAUAUGAGAGAGCCAUUUGCUGAUGAAAAAAUAAAACUGCAGUGGAUCUUUGGAGUCCUUAUCCAACAAAUUGAAGUGUUUGUUUUUUAAUGGCAUUGAAGUAUGAGUGUAGUAGUAGUUAAGUGUUUUGACCACAAAUUAAAGAAUGAAGUGCUAUCAAAUCUGUAGUUUCUGUUUAUAGAUUAUCUCUGCCUUUGACCUUUUCUCUAUUGCCAACAUCAGACCAAAAUGUUCACAUGUAUAUUAAGUACAAGUGUAAAAAAUCAAAUAGGUAAUAAAUGAUAAAUAAUUAUGAACACUUUCAUGGUCCCCAAUGGAGAAAUCCCUUUGACUUUGGUCAUUCCAAAAACUGUGGAAUCCCAAGUUAUGUGGUUUCAAUGAUCCUAUGAAUUUUAUUGUAAAUCAUGAUCAUAAACAUAACAAGUGCAUCCUUCAAAUUAGCAUUUGUCAGAUCAGCUUUCCUGUUUGUUUUGACACAUCCGCAUUCCUGCACCGGAGGACCUUGUAGCAAUAAUGAGAGAAAUGUGUACCUUUUGUAGAUUUUUCUUUGCCAUUUUUUUCAUUGUAAUACAAUUAUAAAAACUCACAGGGUUGGAAUAAUGUGCUUGUUUUGAAUGUGAAUGUACUUGUACAGUAUAUUGUCUCUACAUUUCAGCAAACAAACAAACAGUUUUG